GGUGGAUAGAUGGACGGGGGGGGUCGCAGCACGGAAAUUCACGUGUAGGUCAACCUGGGACUUUAUUUACCUCCUCACAGCCGGUUAAUCUAGAGCAGUGUGACGAGCUUUAUAUUCACGAAAGUCAGAGAAGUUUCUUCACCUCUGUUUUUAAACAGGAGAGAUGAAACACAGCCACUGCGUCCCAGCUUUUGUCAGCAAACUUUGGACACUUGUAGAGGCUCCGUCAACGAACGACCUGAUCUGCUGGAGCCAAGAUGGCUGCAGUUUUCUUGUCCAGGAUGAGCAGCAGUUCAGCAAGGAAGUCCUGCCUCUUUACUUCAAACAUAGCAACAUGACCAGCUUUGUGCGCCAGCUCAACAUGUGUACGGAUAAUGAGAGCUUGUGGAGAGAACUGGACUCAUUAAGACAGAACUAUCAGCAGCAGCAUAAAAUCAUACGUAAGAUGAUAAAGUUCAUCAUCAACAUCGUUCAGUCAAAUGGGAUAAAAGGUUGCAAAAGAAGACUCCCCAUGAUCAACAAUUCUGGGGAGUUUCAGUCUGCGCCGAAAUAUGCCCGUUCCUUCAGUGUGAAUCCCACCCUUACCACUUCCCCCCUCCGAGAGAUCCCUUCGAUGGAAGAGCUGGAUGUGUCACCGGCUGAUGUGUACUCAAAUGGCAUGAUCAUCGACUCUGACAUCACCCACCUGCUGGAUCCCAGACCUGAGCCUAGCAGAGAGCCAGUGACAGACAGCUUUCCCGCAACUCAAACCACAUUUUUAUCUCCUGCCUCCCCUACUCUGCCCUCCAUGGAGCUGGCAUUGAAUUUGCUAGAUGACCCAGCUGCCCAGGAGUCUGAGGAAAUACCCUCUGAAAGUAAUGAUGUGUCGGAUCCACUGGCACUAAUUGAAUCCAGUUUAGCAGUGAUCCGCUCAUGCGUUCCACCCUCACCAGACCUGGACAGUUUCAGCAAGAUCCUUAGUCCUGGCUGCCACAUAUCUGCUGUUAAAGACUCUGACACAAAAACCGAGAGCAAACAGAGAAGCCAGAAUGAAGCCGAUGCGCUACCUCACGCCGACACAGUUACACAGCAGCAGAGCCUGCAACAAAAUGCAGACCCGGAGCAGGAGCGCUACGAUAGUGGGGAGUAUUCAGAUAUCUUACCAUCCCUUCUGCAGCUGGCGCAGGAAGCAUCCAGCCUCUCCUUCAGUGACACUACACUGCCUUUAGAGCUCUCUUUUGUCAUUUAAAACUCUAAUGCAUUUGAUAUUGUGUUGUGGUGGUUGAUAGUAAAAAGUGGUAUCUGAAACAGCCAAUAGUUGAUAGCUCUGCCAUUUAAUGGAAGGCUCAGUAUUAUUAUGCGGCAAUUGGAUAUAUGUCAAUUGUAAAUGAUGUAAAUUUUCCGUCGUGAUUUUUAUCCAUCAAUGAACUCUAACCUCUCUUGUUGACUCAAGAGUGAUUUCACAACAAACUUUUAGUCUAUUAGCACAAUUUACCAUGUAGGGUAAAGCAAUAGACCAAAAUGACGGAAAGCACUUUGAAUCAUCUCAGUGUUUUUUAAAAUUCAGUAAAUGACGGAAAAUUUUCCGUUAAUGCAACCUCUGCAGUGGGUGCUGUUUUAAAGGCAGCAUUUUUGUGUGGAAGGCUUGCCAUGAUUGUUUUAUUUUAAAGGUUUUAUUUUGCAGAAAAUCUGCUGCAUACACCCACCAAAUGUCUAAAUGAGUAACAACUAAUAUGCUAAUAAUAGAACUAAUGUGGCAAUUAAAGUUACUUAAGAGCAUGAUAUGCUAUUGAUACACAAUAUUUAUAUAUAUAUUAAUAUAUAUAUAAAAAGUUUGUAGCACUAAAACAUUGAAAAUGUCACAAAAAAAGUAAAGUAAUAUUAAUUCAUCAUAGCAUCUCCCGCAUAUGAUGCAAUAUAUAUUUAAUUCAUAAUCAGUUUGUU